CUGGAGGCCAGAACAAAUUUCAGAGGGCUGAGGCUUCCAGCUCAUAACCAGGCACCAACACACAGUCUGAUAUGAGGUCUCCAGCAGGAGGAGGACAGGACACUAACUUCCACAUCACAGGAGCUGCUCAGCUGACACUGCAGCAGGAGGCGGAGCUCCACAGGUGUAAAUGAAAGUACAGCAGACGGUUCAAGCUGUAGUCCAACAGCUGGAUACCUGCUAAUUUAACGGUGAAGAAGAGGAACAGAUGGAUGGAUGGACUGCUGUCACUGAUGGUGAGGGAACUCAUGACAUGUUCAAAUAAGGGCAUUAAGCCAUGCAGAGGGUUUGACCUUCACCAGCCUGCCCUCUAUAAAGGUGUCUUCUCCUUGUAGCUGCAUCCACUGCAGCAGCAUCUCGUCCUGCACAGAGCCUCCAGCAUCACUCAGACCUUUCUCCACCACUGCAGACAAACAUCUCCUGAAAGAGCGGAGCUGAUAAUCUGGUGAAUGACGAUGGCUGCUCCUUACUGGGUUUUUGUAGCCGUCGUUGUUUUGAUGACUGUUAGAAACGGUGAGACUGUUAUUGACCCAAACAACCUCGCACCAAUUGUAGAAGAAAUUCUGAACAGGUACACACCAAACUACAAUGGUGCAAACAACAACAGAAUUCCCCCCAUGUUCAGUGUGGCCGUGAGCGUCCCGUACAAUGAAGACAAGUUUGAUGAUGGUGAAGCUGUGAGGAGGAAGAUUCUAAACUGUGACGUAUACAAAAGUGACAGAGUGGUGGCAGCCACAGUGCUGAGAUGGCCCAAUGUUCUAACUCAGUGUCCUGAUGCUCAAGUACAGUGGGAUGAUGUUUUGAAGGAAUGUGGUAAACAGCAGAUGACAUGGGCUGAAGUUGAAAGUCUGUGUGGUGCUAAUACAAUCAAGGAUGGCAGAGCUGAUCAUGCAGAGUUUCGAACCCUGCAGUAUGUCAACACUUUGGUCAAAUCCCAAAAUGAUCUGAUAGUUUUCUACGUCCGUGCCUCCCCAUGUGAUCAGAGAUGUACCAACGAAGAUAAUAGAUGGAAUAUUCUCACUAAAAUACAAGACAUUAUGAAAUGGAAGGAUUAUGUUGUUGUGUUUUCAGAUGUAUUUAGACCUCGUAAUGGUGGGCCCAUACCUGUGAAUAACCUGCGUGGAUCACUUGAGAGGCUUGGGAAUGCAAUCGCAGAUCCAGGGUCAAAUGGUCUUCAGCAUAUAUUCCGAUGCUACAGGCAGCAAAAAAUGAAGUGCUUUAGCUGCAAUGACAAUGGUGCUGUUACAGAUGAAUGUGUUUCAGAUGGUAAGCAACCUGACAGCAAACUAUCUGAUGUUGGGAAAAGUCAGGACAGAGGAAAGAAACAGAAUAAGAGCAAGAAGAAGCAGAGGAGUAACAGGCAGAGAGGGGGAGUAAUGAGAGAAAAUCAUCAGAAUUAA